AUGGGGAACUGUUUAUUCGGAGGGUUAGGCGACAUGGAAGAGUACUUACCGACCAAAGUCAUAAAACCGGACGGUGGAGUUCUAGAGUUCUUCUCACCCAUCACAGCAGGCUCCGACGAGUUGAAGACUUUUGUCGGAAACUAUCACGUGAGAUCCAACAGCGAGUCCUUGCCAAUGAUAACUCCUUACGGAAUGUCUCUGGAUUACAACCGUAGGGUGUUGAAGAGAUCGUACACAAACGUCUUUUCAAGAAAAACCCGACAUAAGGAGAAGAAGACGAGGAAGCGUAUGAGAAACAAAGGGGAUAUAUGGAAAGUGAAGCUGGUCAUAAACACGGAAGAGCUGCUGCAGAUAUUGUCCGAAGAGGGGAGAACAAACGAGCUUAUAGAGAGUGUAAGAGCCGUGGCCAAGUGUGAAAACGUUGUGGCGUCAAGCAUCACAAGUAGUUCGUCCGAGUUGAACUACUUGUCAGUGGUACAGGUCUAG